UAUAAAUUCUCUUCCUUCCUCCCCCCCUUUCAUUCUCAUUAUCCAUCUUCAUCUCCCAUGGCUCAAUCCUCUCAAUUCGGCUGCAAACACUACAGAAGGAGGUGCAAAAUCAGAGCGCCCUGUUGCAACGAAAUCUUUUACUGUCGCCAUUGCCAUAAUGAAGCUAAGAACUCCGACGACGUCAAUCCCGUCCAUCGUCACGAUGUCCCCCGCCACGACAUUAUAAAGGUCAUCUGUUCUUCAUGUGAAACAGAGCAAGAUGUUCAACAGUAUUGCAUCAACUGUGGAAUGUGCAUGGGGGAGUACUUUUGUGCUGCUUGCAAAUUCUUCGACGAUGAUAUUUCGAAGAACCAAUACCACUGUGAUGAAUGUGGCAUCUGCAGAACUGGAGGCAAGGAUAACUUCUUCCACUGCAAGAGAUGUGGCUGUUGCUACUCCAAUGUGAUGAAAGAAGGACACCGGUGUGUGGAACGAGCAAUGCAUCACAAUUGCCCUGUUUGUAUUGAGUAUCUGUUUGAUACCUUGAGAGACAUCACCGUCUUGCCUUGCGGCCAUACUAUACAUUUGGAGUGUGUUAGAGAGAUGGAGAAACAUUGCAGGUAUUCAUGCCCUGUUUGUUCAAAAUCCAUCUGUGACAUGUCAAGCCUGUGGAAGAAGCUUGACCAAGUGAUCGCUUCAACGCCAAUGCCUGAAGCUUACAAAGACAAGAUGGUCUGGAUAUUGUGCAAUGAUUGUGGGGUGAACUCUCAAGUGCAGUUUCACGUCGUCGCUCAUAAGUGUCAGAGUUGCAAUUCAUACAACACAAGACAGAUACAGGGAAGCCCUACCACUGCAUGCACUUCUUCGGUGGCGGAGAUGGUGAGAUGAAGCUUUUGGGUUGGGAAGAAACGGGGAGGACCUGGCGAAAAUGCUCAGCUGGGGCGGGAGUUUCUUAAUUUUUUUGGCUUUAUUGGAUCUGUUUUGAUGCAUACUGAAAAACAGGGUAGUAAGCUUGCUUGAAAAAGUGGGCAAGUCGGGAAGUUUUGUGCAUAAGGUCUUGUUUCUUAAUGCAAUUCGUUAUUCUUUGUCUUCGUUUGCCUUCAUCGGAUGCCGGAGGAAGAAAUUGAUGAUUGUUGAAUGGCCGAAAACCCACCAUGGAGCUCAAGUUUUUUCUU